CGUAAACACGAUCAUGAUGAUGCCACCACCGAGCAACAUUGUCGUCGUUGGCGGCGGCUACAUCGGAGUCCAGUUCGCGCAGGAACUCGCCAAGCACCUGACCCCUUCCCAGGCAUCCAUCACGCUCAUUGAGAAGAAUGACUUCACGUUCCAUUGCGUGGGUGUGCCCCGAGCGUUGGUCGAUCCGACGUUCGUGAAGAAGUUGUUCAUCCCUCUUGACCACGCCCUGCCGUCCACAGCGACGAUCCUUCGCGGCAUUGUGGACAAAAUCGACGGUAAAGUCGUUGUCGUGCGCCCCAUUGUCGACGACAAAGCGCAAUCUACACCCACGCGCGUGCCGUUCGACUACCUUGUGCUUGCCACCGGCAGCAGCUACGUGUCGCCCAUCAAAGUCCCCCUCCAGGAAUACACCCGCGCAAGCGUGGAAGCUGCCAUCACCGCCACGGCCGAGCACAUCAAGGCCGCGUCCUCCGUGCUCGUCGUGGGCGGCGGUCCGGUAGGCGUGGAGAUCGCCGCCGAAGUCGCCGCCGCGUACCCGUCGAAGCACGUCACAAUUUUGGAACGUCACAACAGAUUGAUGCAUAAUGCAGGUGUGAAAGAUGCGUUUCGGGAGCAACUGACGGCCAAACUCGCCAAACUCAACGUCCACGUGGUGCUGGGCGAGCGUUUGAUCCACGACAGCGAGCCACCGGCCUCCGCCGUCGUCACGACCGACCGCGGCACGUCCAUCGACGCGGACAUGCAGUUGUUGUGUGCCGGCAUGCUCCCAAACGUCGACUUGAUUCGGCGGUUGGACCCGACGCUCUUGUCCAUCCGGUCUCGAGGCAUCCGCGUCAACGGCGCGUGCCAGAUCGACGACCGCCGGUACUCGCAUGUGUUUGUGGUCGGAGAUGCCAGCGACCACCCGACGCCGAAACUGGCCUACGUGGGCGCGUUCCAAGCCAAACACGUGGCCGCGCAGCUGGCCAAAGUGGUCGUAUCUAGUACUACAAGUAGUAGUAGUAGUAGGAAGGAGGUGGUGCUCGAGCCGUACGUGCCUCCGACCUCGGAAGGGCUGCUCGUGCCACUGGGGCCAACCCUUGGCGUGGGCCAAGUGCCAGUCUUGGGCGGCAUUGUCGUGGGGGACGUCGUUGUCCGUUUCAUCAAGGGCAACGACUACUUUGCGUCCACGUUCUUGGACCAGUGGCACACGACGGAGGACGGGGCCGCCAUCCCCCCAAAAAAGCGAAGUGGGGGGUGGGCUGUGCUUGUCGUCGCCGUGGCGGUGGCGGCUUGGUAUUUCUCCAAGUCGUGAUCGUAUAGGGAAAUAGGUUUACAUGCGACAACGUUAACUUUAAACAAACAAGUGUAAAGGUUGAACCUCU